AUGAAAGGAGGAGCUAAAAGGUGGAGUCUUUGCAACAUAAGGGACACGGCGUAUUUGCCUGGAGGUCGAUACCGUGCACCAACAAGAAGACGAGUAUGGAUCAUCAUGGCGCUUUCUCUGAUCGCCAUGUUCGCUGUUGUGGCUUACAUGUACCCUCACCACAGUAAACGUGCUUGUUACAUGAUUUCGUCAAGAGGAUGCAAGGCUUUAGCUGACUGGCUUCCACCUGCUCUGAGGGAGUUCUCGGAUGAUGAGAUUGCGUCCCGAGUAGUGAUUAGAGAGAUAUUGAGUAAUCCUCCUGUGAUUAGAAAGAACUCCAAGAUUGCUUUCAUGUUCUUGACGCCUGGGACAUUGCCCUUUGAGAGGCUAUGGGACAGGUUUUUCCAGGGCCAUGAAGGGAAGUUCUCUGUUUAUAUACAUGCAUCAAAGGAAAGGCCAGUUCACUACAGUCGUUACUUUGUCAACCGGGAAAUUCGCAGUGAUGAGGUGGUGUGGGGAAGAAUAUCAAUGGUUGAUGCAGAGAGAAGGUUGUUAGCUAAUGCUCUUAGAGACCCUGCAAACCAGCAAUUCGCUCUACUCUCUGACAGUUGUGUACCGCUUAGAAGUUUUGAGUACAUUUACAAUUACUUGAUGUACAGCAAUGUCAGCUAUGUCGACUGCUUUGACGAUCCAGGUGAACAUGGAUCAGGCAGGCAUAUGAAUCACAUGCUCCCUGAAAUUCCCAAAAAGGAUUUUCGAAAGGGUGCGCAGUGGUUCACCAUGAAGCGACAACACGCUGUAGCAACUAUGGCAGACAGUCUUUACUACUCCAAAUUCAGGGAUUACUGUGGGCCAGGUAUAGAGAACAACAAGAACUGCAUAGCUGAUGAACACUAUCUGCCAACAUUCUUUUAUAUGCUUGAUCCCAAUGGCAUCUCUAACUGGACUGUAACACAAGUUGAUUGGUCUGAGAGAAAGUGGCAUCCCAAGACAUAUAUGCCUGAGGAUAUCACACACGAGUUACUAAACAACCUCACGUCUACUGACACAGUUGUACAUGUCACAAGUGUUGGGAUGGGUGAAGAAAUAUGGAUGCCUUGUAUAUGGAACGGAAUCAAAAGACCUUGCUACUUGUUUGGAAGGAAGUUUCACCCGGAUGCACUCGAUAAACUGUUGGAUCUCUUCUCAAAUUACACAAGAUCGGUCAAAUGGCAUUUGUGA